UUGUUAAAAGAUUGCGAAUUGCAUUGUAUUGCAAAUUACACUGUAUUUACACUAUUAAAAAAAUAUUUAAUAUUACUUUAUUGAAAAUACUUAAUUCCAUUAAUAUUGUAACAAUUUAUUUCAGUAAUAACUAUAAUGUGACACAGAGUUAAAAUGUUAUCAACAAAAAUACCGCCGACUUAGUUGUGUACGCAAAAAUGUUAUCAUUUAUUUUCUAUUUUUCACACAAUUUUAGUUUCUGCUCUGGUUUAAGGAGCAAAUACAUAGUUUUAAAAAUGUGGUAUGCAGCUUUAGUUCGAUUUAUUCGAAGGAGAUUAGUGUUGGGCAUCAUAUUUGCUUCUUCACUGACUUACUGUAUUGUGAGUUUCUUAAGAGAGGGGAGCAAUAAAAACAUGGUAUACCAAGAUGUCUCAAUAGAGCAAAAGCCGUUUAUUUGGAGAACCCUACAAGAACAUAAUGAUACAAAUGAUACGAAAAUUUGUAGAAAUUCUGUCCAAGGAAAAUCUGUUGUUGUAGAUGACAGAGGUUAUGUUUGUCAGCGGAGUGACAUAUUAAAAAAUGGUUGUUGCAAUCCUGAUAUAGAGACGACAACCAGAUACAGUUGUGAAUCAUGUAAAGAUAACAACUGUUGUGUUAUUUAUGAGUACUGUGUAUCCUGCUGCCUAGAUCCUAGUAAGAGAGAUAUGCUCGAGUUGGUGCUAUCUAAACUAUCAGCAGAAGAGAAUGUAUUGUUCCGUUCAUUGACUGAUGACUAUGAGUUAUGUUUGACGAAAUGCCGUACAAGUUCCCACAGUGUCCUACAUGAGAACUCAUACAAGGACCCUGCUCAUAAGCAUUGCUUCGGUGACGAACCACCCGGUACCAGAACGCCAGACUAACAAAUCGCAUAACAAAGUUAGUGAAAAUAUCUUGACUGACCAUAUUGACUCAAGGCAUUUUAAUGCUUCCUACAUUAAUAUUUGUAACUCUGAUAAAAUUUCAAGAAAGGGAUUUUAUUCCAUUCUCACAUCUCGGAGUGUUAUAGAGUGCAGUUAGAUUUUUAAUACUUUAAGUUAACUAUUAGAAUGCAUACACAACUUUGACUAAACCGUCGCACAACUGUUCAGUCUCGGUUUCAUUCCUAUCAGCUUAUAUGAAGGUACAGUUACAUUACUUAAUUUUUGUUGGGCAACUAAAAAGUGAGAGCGUCAGUGUCUCAAGGUUUAGGCACUUGACAUCUACAGGUUCGAAUCAUGCCAUGCUCCAAUGUGAUUUUCGAUUUUCAUAUGUACAUUAGUUACCUGAAGUUCUUAUGGCGAAGGAACAUUGUGAAGCAACCUGCACAUAUCAGCGAAGAAAUUCAAAGAUGUGUGAAGACAACCAACCUGCAGUGGGCCAGUGUGGUUGACUAUGGCCUAGUCACCUAUUACUUAAGGUAGGCUCCAUACUCAUUAGUGGAAAUGUAUCAUGAGCUGGUAAUGAUGAUGAUGAACCAAAUAUUUGAAUUGGCUGUGAAACAAUUGACAAUCACACAAUAGUUGUGUUAUAGUUUAGUCAAAGGUGUACAUCCACUCCAGGUUUCUCUCUAAGGUGUCUUAAUUAAUUUUAUUUAAAAAUUAAAUUAACAUCUAAUAAAUCUCUCAGAUAUACAUUUACAUUAGAGAUUAGUU